ACGUCGAGUCACCGUCGAAAUAUUUUCACAACUCGGCCAAAUGUGCUGCAGUGUUCGAACGCGACGGUCGCACGUGUAAGUUGUUACCGCUGUUUUUGCUCUCAGUGUGCAGCAAGUCAUAGGUAGCAGAGAAGAUAAUUUCUUCAGCACCGACGCCAUAUUUGAAGUAAAGUGUGCUGGUCAAAUUCUGGCUCACCGUGGGGGUUUUUGACGGUCGCGGUGCAUAUUGUGAUUUAGCUAUUGGCUAGGUUAAUUAGAGUGCAUCGCAGCAAGCGAGGGAAAGUGAAACAGUGCAAACAGAAAAGUUAUUCGGAGGAAAUGUCAAUUGUUUGGCGUUUGAGAUUGCAAGAGUUGAUGAAUUGAGUGACAGGAAUAUAAAUCCUAAAUACUAACUAGACACAGUGAAAUAAGUUUUGCGAGCCAGUUUUGUGAAAGCGUGAAAUAAUGUCCGACGAAUACUACGAUGAAGACGGUUUUCGUCUCACCUUUGAGGAUGACACCUCAGAACAAGAAAAACAGUUCUUCAUGCGGGCAUUUCCAAAUGUCAACAGAAUAUCGGAACGCAAGGUUCACUGCACUUCUUGCUACAUGCAUAUCGGGACAGCUCCCAUCUCGGAAGCUGUCAUCAGGAUGCAUCCGAUCCUGCGAGUGACGCACUGCCGCAACUGCCACACUUUUUACAACAGUGGCGAGUUCGACAAGGGCGAGGACGGUAGUGAACUCUACUGUCGCUGGUGUGGCCAAGGUGGUGAAGUGUACUGUUGCUCGAAAUGUCCGUACGUGUUUUGCAAGAAGUGUAUCGUGCAAAAUUUGUCUCGUGCUUGCGUUCAGGACAUCUCUCGCAAUGAUAAUUGGCAGUGCUUCAGUUGCGCCCCAAAGAUUAUGUGGCAUCUUCGAGCUCAGCACUGGGCGUUGGUCAACUAUAUCGAGAAACAGAAAAAGGAUAUGAAAGACAAAAACCAUACGGUUUCAAGUAUUAAUAGUUUGAUGAAAUUGGACAACACAACCUGUUGUAACAACAAAGGACUGAACAAAAAAACGAGCACUCCAACAUCGAGUAAGAAAGCUGUUAAGCGUGUUUCCGAUGCGCACGAGGCAGGAGCAGCCAAAAUACCGGAAAAACGAACAAUUAUGCAAGUUCAGCAGCAACAGCCGACCAUUCAACCGCCGGCUGCUAAAAAGGCCAAAACGGAUAAUAACGAAGUGGUUUGCACGCCGGACAUCAUGAGCAUGUUUAUGAAUCCCGAAGAAUCAUCUCAGGCAGCGGGAAACGUGGUCAUUCAAAAACCGACAGCUCCUGCUCCAACCUCAGCCCCAGCACCGGUGCCAAUAUCAAACCGCCCGGUUGUUGUACGACCCGCAUUUCCCGGCGCUCAAAAUCCUAUGCCCAUGCGUAUGCCGAUGGCGAAUGCUUCGAAUUUGGCGCCUCCACCAGUCUAUCACACAAUCAAUGGAUACAAAAUUGAUCUGCAUACUGCAGCUCAGCAGGGAACGUACCGGUUGCCGAACGGCAAACUCAUUCAAGUGCGAAAGCAGGCUCCGGCUGUGGUCGCCCCUCAACCGCCCGUUGGUAACCGAAACAUAACUAUAGCCCCAAAACCAACUCCUACAUACUACAAUCCGUCAAACGUUAUGCCAAUAGCAAAUGCGCGUGUUGCAAAUGGCAACCCAAAUGUGCAUAUAAAUAUAGCAUUACAACAGCAGCAACAGUUGCAAGAGCAGCGACUGCAACAGCAGCGUCAACAACAACAGCAGCAGCAGCAACUUCAGCAACAACAGAUGCUUCAUCAGGCACGCCCACAGCUCAUGGUUCCAGUAGGUCAACCACAACCAACAAUCGUUGCCGGUCAACCUAAUCCAGCACUCCAGCUACCGACGUUGGUCAUGCUGCAGAGUAUGGUCAAUGGUCCGCAUGAAGAUUCUCCUCUUGGGCGAUCGAGGAAAAACUUUGAGGGCAAGCUGUUAUCCGGUGUUGAAAUCUGUCAGCACAUUGUCAGCAAAAUCAACACACUGACCAAUUCAAAUCCGUUCAAGAACAUCCGCAACGUGCGAGAUCUAAAGGAAUUAUAUAUCCACGUUUCGUAUUUACUAACGUACGCCAUCGGAAGAUUCAAGACGCUGCAAGAGAAGUGCGUAGAUGAUGUGAAGAAGAUGGGCUUCACGAAAGAGUCGGAUUUCGUAAUGAUGGGCGAACAGAUCAGCAAUCGUAAUCCGGACGAGGACAAGAGCGACGACGAAGGCGACUGCGAGAUAGUGGAACAGAACACUACACUGAUCACGAUUGACUCCGAGGACGAGGAAGACAGCAGUAAGAAGCAAAAACAACGCCCGGUGGACAAGCAGCCGACUGCCACCGAAACGGAAGUUGCAGUAGCUGCUAUCCUGGAGGACAGAAAUGAUGCCGACAGUUCCGUUGAUCCCAUCUCUAUCGACGAGUUUCUUCAUGUAAGCCUCAGCGAAAGCGACAAAACAUUGGAUCCAAGUAGCAGUACUGUUUCGGUGGUCUCCGAAAGCUCGGACAAAGUCGACAAGGGGGCUGCAAAUACCGAACCUAACAGCAGCAGCGAGAAUAAAAAUGACAACGAUGAUGACGAUGAUUUGGUUGAGAUAAUCGAACCGACGAACGAGGCUACCUCACCCGAAAAGUUAGCAGAUGAAAAUAUUCCUGCGGUAACGACUACCGCAGAACCAACAACCGUUGAGAAUAUUGCUGACGAAGCUGAGCCAACCAAACCACAAGAUGUUGUAGAGAAACUUGAUGUCGAUGACAAAACUGAAGAAACAUCAGAGAACACCGUUAAAGCUGCCGAUGGUGGAGGAGAUGAUAAUACAGCUGUUGAAGCAGGCAAAGAGGUCGCAGAAAAGACAGGGGAUUUAGAAAAAAUGGAAGUGGAACCAUCCGGGGAAGCUGAAACCAGUAAAUCUGGGAAAGAUGUAGUGGAAUCUACAAACGAAAUAAUCGAAAGCGAACAACAAACCGUAGAAAAAGAAAUUCCUGACGGUUCGAAAGAGGCCACAGAUGAAACGGCAGAGAAACAGGACAGUGUAAGCGAAAAAGAACAAGAGAAUACAGUUGAUGACGAAAAACAAAUGGAAACAGAAUAUGUUGAUUUAGAUAAGCAAUCGACAGACAAAGAAGCAAAGGAAAAUGUAGCGAAACCCAGUGAAACUAAUGAUCCAAUCGAGCUAGACGACGACGAGGAUGACGAUGUUGCAGUGGUUGAAACAGUCGAAGAAAGCAAAACUCAUACUUCGGAGAACAGUUCUACUAAUCUGGCUAAUGUCGACGACGAUAAACUAGUGGAAGCAUCAAGUUCUGUCGAACUUAGUACACAAGCAAACAACUUAGAAAAUCCUGAUCCUGCUGCUGAAGCAGUAACUGUCAGCACCGACAAUUUGGACAAUUCCGCAUCUAUUAUUGAAGAUGCUGACAGUACUGUGCCUGUCAAUGAAUCGUCAAAGACUGACGAUGAUGUAACGCAGAUUCCGGAUUCCCACUCAGAUACAGAUGUAGCAUCAGUUGGAGUAACUGUCGGUACCGAUGAUUCGGAGAAUCCCGCAUCAAUUGUUGAAGAUGCUGACAGUGCUGUGCCAGUUGAAGCAGUAACUGUCAGCAGCGACAAUUUAGAGAAUUCCGCAUCUGUUAUCGAAGAUGUUAGCAGCACUAUACCUGUCACUGAAUCGUCGAAGACUGACGAUGAUGUUGCGAGAUUUGCGGAUUCCCACUCAGAUACAGAAGUUGCCAAGCCAUCUGAGGUAGUGGAACAGGUUAGUGUGUCUUUAGAUGAUGAUGAAGUACCCACAGUUGUCCAGAAAGAAGCUGAGAGUUCUGAACCGAACAAUGUUGAAGAGAUUCUUCAAGGGUCUGAAUCCAACAUAGAAACCGCUGGGGAAUUACAAGAACCACAGAAAUCUGAGGGAGAAUUAGACAAUCUUAGUAACGCAAAUAUUUUUGAUGGAUCGCAAAACGAAGCCGCUGUUGUGGAUACAUCAGCUGUUCCGGCUAUAUCAGUUGUUUCGGAAAUAUCAGCUGUUCCAGAAGUUAUUCCAGAAGAACUGGAAGUUCCAACGGGUAAUGACCUGCUAGCUAGCAUAGAGGACUCGUUUCAAAAGCUACAACAAUUGUUUGAUGCCACAGAAAACGAUGCUGCCGAGGAACAGUUAACCACAAACGAUGAAGAUGUGGAUAUGCAAUUGGCCGAGCCGGCUGUGGAACAAAUGGACGUGGAUGAAAAUCUAUUAACGACCGAUGUGGAAAGUAAUAUUUUUGAAGUAGCACAGGAAACUCUAAGUAAAAAUUUAGAAGUUGCUACUAAUGGCACGAAUCUGCUAGGUUCAGAAGACGGAUUGGAGCCCAUCGUUUCAGAAGAAAAUUUUACUAAUUCUCAAGAUAGUUCAAACUCUCCACAAAAUGCGAUGGCACCCGAAGUAAUCGAUAAGCUAGAAGAAAUACAAAAUAUUACGUCGCUGGAUGAAUUAACGGUUAACGGUGACUGUUAGAAUGAUUCCUUAUUAUGUACAAAUUACGUUACUUAUUAGUAAGCAUUGCACACAUUACUUUUGCAUACUUUUUUUUAUAUAAUUUGAGAGAGAGACUCGCACCUCUAAGAUGCGCGAAAAAGUAGUGUAGCACUACUUUCGUAUUAGUGUAGUAUGAUUAGUUCUCCCAAUUAAAAUAUAAAUCGAAAUAGCAUUAUAAAAUAAUUGAAAUAGUAUAUAGCCUACAAAGGGUGACUAUAAUUUACGUUCUACAAUAUAUUAGAAUGGCCAAUAACAUAUGCUAUCACCAUUCAUAGGCACCAUUUCUGUCAUUUUCUAUUUAUGUUUUGUUUCAAAAUCUCAACAGUGAAAUUUGUAAAAUUUCUAAGCAGAAAUCACAAAUUGCUAGAGUCAUAAACAUAAUUAUAAGUGAGAUAUACUGAAUAAAAGUAAAUUCAUGAUUUAUGGAUGUCA